AUGGAUUGGAAUAUUGAGAGGACAGUACCCUUUGUUCCUCCUCCAGAGUCUUCUUUAAGCUUCUUAUACAACUAUAACAACUACACCUAUUCAGGAAUGGAAGUGAGUGAAGCGGCAUUGGGUGAGACCCAACAAAGGUUGCUUCAUGUGAUUAAUAAUGGAAAUGACUGCGGAGAGAAGAAGAAGACGAAGAACAAGAAGAUAAAAUUAACAAGUAACCAAGUUGAAUCAUUGGAGAAGAAUUUUCAAGAAGAAAUAAAGUUAGAUCCUGAAAGAAAGAUGAAGCUUUCUGCUGAGUUAGGGCUUCAUCCUCGCCAAAUUGCUGUCUGGUUUCAAAACAGGCGUACUAGGUGGAAGACUAAGCAGCUUCAACAUUCCAAUGAUGUGCUUAAACACUCGUGUGACGCGCUUAAGCAAGAAAAUCAGAAGCUUAAAGAAGAGGUGAUGGAGUUGAAGGAAAAGCUAAAAGAGAAAGAUGAUUUCAGGAGACAAACAUUUGGUGAAGAAACAGUAGAAAGCCCAUUAGAAGGAUUGAGAUGGAGAGAGAUUGUAGGAGAUGAUCCAUAUCCAUGCUCCAACAAUCAACCAGGAACAGAAAGCAGCAUUCAACAAUGUGCAGAGGGAUAUGAUUACAGUUCAUUCAUUGUUGAAGAUUUUGACUCAGUUUCACUGCUUCAUAACUGGCCUUAG